AUGCCAUCUCGACGAGGAGGGAACAGGGUGGGAUUGCCCGACCCGUCUACUUUGGUAGAUAUAAAGCCGGACGAUGGUAUCACGUUCAAGGAACGAUACAAGGCAAUCAAGGCGAUAGUGUACGAGUUGGAAGAUGAAAACAACCUGGUUGCUCUCAAAGUCGCCCAGACACGAGCGAGGAUAAGCAUGCUCCGUACGGAAAUGGCACUCCGGGCCGAAGAGGCCUUUUCGAGGGAGAUGCACAUGGAGCGGGAGAGGGAGAGGGAUAUGGCGAGGGACAGGGAACGCGAUCGGGCUCGACAUAAUCGCGAUCGCGAUGCCUAUAUCAACCGCUCAGCUUCCCCACCCCUCUCUACCGCCGUCCCGGCCGGCUACCAAAUUCAGUACCCGUCCGGACCGCAGACGGCGCGCCCGCUCCCCUCGCGCGGCACACACGGUAUGAACCACUCUAUCGACGCGUAUCAUUCUCCAGGGCAAGGGCUUGGGCAAGGGCGGAUGCAGCCUGGCAGGGUCCCGUCUGGAUAUCGGGCCGCGGAGGACCAUGACGACCGGUAUGGCUUCAGCCACGGCAACGGUCACCAUCACGGACACGGACAGGGAUAUGGACAGGGGUAUGGGCAUGGGUACGGUGAUCCCAGUCCAAGGCAGGGCCAGGAUAGUCUGGCGUACGGACACCGGAAGAGUAGGGCGUAUGAGGAAGACCCGUACGCCCGCGGCCACAGCAAUGGGAAAGGAGGGGGAGCGGGAGCGGGAGAAGGAGGGAGUGCGCAUAGGCGGAAUGGGCAUGGGAGCGCCACUGCGAGUACCGGCGGUGGAGGCGGCGGCGGAGGGGGAAGCGGACACUAUCCGUCGCACAGCCAGGAUUAUCGGCGGGAGCAGAUGCCUGCCUUGAGUACAGGAAUGGCGGGCGGACAGGCAUCGGGAUCGGGCUCGGCGUCAGGCUCCGGGACUGGGACCGGAGCGGAAAGGCCGUCACAGAAGCCUCCGGCGGAUGAGUCAGCGCCAGCACUCGGUCCGGCCAAAUCACCCGCUCCGGUAUCGGCACCAGCACCAGCGCCGGCCCCGACACCGACACCGGCAGCAGCACCAGUAACGCAGGCGGCGGCGGUCGCGCCAGCGCCAGCACCGGGCCCGUCCAGGUCGCCCGCGAGGGGUCCGAAUGGCGAGGAGGAUGAGUUGAUGGAGGAUGACGAGUACUAG